GGAUCGGCCGUGUGCGGCUGUGUCGUGAAUUUCUACCAACCGCAUUUCUCCGCCACGGCUCGAGCUCGACUCGCGAAAUCACACAUGGCCGCCGCCGCAGCUUCCUGCCCCGCGCCGCCGCGCCGGCUUUGCUCCGCCAUGGCGCUGCUGCCGGCGCCCUCCCCCGCCGCGUCCUGCCGCCGGAGGGCGGUCGGCUACGGCUCCUCCUCCGCCCGGCGGUGGCCGUGCCGCCGCUGGGCGCACCGGCCGGAGUCCGCGGCGUCCCGGAUCCGGCGCCCACCGCCGUCACGGCGCGCGGCGGCGGUGAGGGUGAGCUGCGCUUACUCCCCCGGCGCUGAAAGAAUUACUGCAUGCUCUUGGAACGAAUAUGUGAUCUGCAGUGAUGUACCUGUCCUUAUUGAGUUUUGGGCCUCCUGGUGUGGACCUUGCAGGAUGGUCACACAAAUUGUCGAUGAGAUAGCACAAGAGUAUGCUGGGAGAAUAAAAUGCUAUAAGCUUGACACUGAUGAUUACCCGCAGGUUGCUACUGCUUACGGUAUCGAGAGAAUUCCAACUGUUUUACUCUUCAAGGAUGGAGAGAAAAUACAUAGUAUUACAGGGACACUGCCAAAGGCUGUUUAUGUGAAAGCCAUUGAGAAAUCUAUUUCAGACAAUGAUAUAUUUGAUUAGUAUUCUUUGGUCCAUAUUAAUGAAUCUGUGUACCUUGUCUUGCUACCAGAUAGUGCAGAGUUUACAACAUGAGCAUCUUACCUAGAAGUAUGAGACUGUGGGUUAUCCUUUUGCUAUGCAAUAACAAGUGUAAAUAUAAUGUGUUACAGGGCUGCAUAUUUGAGGCCCUCAGCAAUAUCUUAUUAAGUGAAGUCAAAGCAGAUUUUCCUCAUUU